GUUUAAGCUUUGGGCGCGAUGUCUUGCGGCCAGGCGCAGCUCGUCCAAUCGCAUUUCCAGCGCCAGCCGAGCAUCCUUCCGGGGCAGAAGACGCGGAGAGCUUUUUGUCCGGCCGCUUUCUCGGUUUGUUUUGCAGCUCAAAGCAAGAGCGCAUUCUCGUCCGCAAGCUCUCGCAUUUUUGGAGCUUUUCCUCGUGGUGUAGCCUCCAAGCAGCAGCAAAUUGUUCUGGGAAGCGAUGAAGCUCUUCCCGAAAUGCUUCAUUACUAUCGACGCCCGUUCCUUUCAUCAAAUGCUACCGCUCAACUUCUCAGGAAGGUCCAAUCUGACGUAUCAGGGGAAGUUCUAUCCAUUGACACGGAACAGUGUUAUAACAUAUCGCUGAAGGCGCCUCUAUCAGAAGCCAAGCUUAAACAUCUGAAAUGGCUUCUUCAAGAAACUUUUGAACCGGAGAACCUUCUCUCGACAAGUUCUCUGUCUGAGAAAUCCGACAGGGCUAUACUGCUUGAAUUUGGACCUCGACUCUCAUUUACUACGGCCUGGUCCGCGAAUGCCUUGUCAAUCUUCAAGUCCUGCGAUUUGCAGGAAAUUGAUCGUAUUGAGAGAUCUCGCAGAUAUCUAUUGAAUCUGAGUCCUGGCACCUCUCCUCUAGAUGAGCUACAAAUAAAUAAGUUCAGUUCCAUGGUUCACGACAGGAUGACUGAAACCGUAUAUCCAACACCAUUAAGCACAUUCAAAAUAAAUGUGGUUCCGGAACCAAUAUAUUUUAUACCGGUCAUGGAGAAAGGAAGGCUAGCUCUGGAGGAGAUAAAUAAAUCGAUGGGUCUUGCGUUUGACGAAGAUGACCUUAAGUAUUACACAAAUCUAUUUCAAGUGGAUAUCAAACGGAAUCCCACCAAUGUGGAACUCUUUGAUAUUGCCCAAUCGAACAGCGAACACAGCCGACACUGGUUUUUCAAGGGCGAACUGGUCAUUGACGGAAGGGCCAUGCCAAAGUCUCUAAUGGAACUUGUCGCCGAUACGUUAAAAGCAAAUCGGAACAACUCUGUCAUUGGGUUCAAAGAUAAUUCGAGUGCCAUUCGGGGAUUUCGUGCUGAAGUGCUCCUUCCGUCACGUCCUGGAAUUCCAUGUGUUAUCGUACCUGUCACAAGGGACUUAUGUAUCCUUUUCACUGCUGAAACUCACAACUUCCCUUGCGCGGUUGCGCCUUUUCCGGGAGCCGAAACUGGUGCUGGUGGUCGUAUUCGCGAUACGCAUGCAACUGGCAUAGGUUCUCUUGUUGUUGCCUCGACAGCAGGUUACUGUGUAGGAAAUCUGCAGCUUGAAGGAACGUUUGCUCCCUGGGAAGAUUCUUCAUUUGCUUAUCCUCCGAACUUGGCUCCUCCUCUUCAGAUUCUUAUCGAUGCGAGUAACGGAGCCUCUGAUUACGGUAACAAGUUUGGGGAGCCUCUGAUUCAGGGAUACACUCGUACUUUCGGCAUGAGACUGCCUAAUGGUGAACGGAGGGAGUGGCUCAAGCCGAUAAUGUUCAGUGGAGGAAUUGGUCAGAUCGAUGAAAAGCAUUUGAAGAAAGAAGAUCCAGAUCUUGGCAUGCUUGUUGUCAAGGUUGGCGGUCCAGCAUACCGAAUCGGGAUGGGUGGGGGAGCUGCAUCUAGCAUGGUUAGUGGCCAAAAUGAUGCCGAGCUAGAUUUCAACGCAGUCCAGCGAGGAGAUGCGGAAAUGGCACAGAAACUUUACCGCGUAAUUCGCACCUGUGUAGAAAUGGGCGAUGAUAAUCCGAUCGUUAGCAUUCACGAUCAAGGCGCUGGAGGAAACUGUAACGUUGUUAAAGAGAUAAUAUACCCCAAGGGAGCAACAAUUGACAUAAGGUCUAUUGUUGUUGGUGACGAAACAAUGUCAGUUUUAGAAAUCUGGGGUGCCGAGUACCAAGAACAGGAUGCUUUAUUGAUUAGACCAGAAAGUGAGGCUUUACUGCAGUCUAUUUGCGACAGGGAGCGUGUGUCCAUGGCUGUGAUAGGAAAAAUCAGUGGCGAGGGAAAGAUUGUUCUUAUAGACAGCGCAGCCCAGAAACUAGCUGAAGCCAACAAUGUCUCCCCACAUCCGCCGGCGGUUGAUUUGGACCUUGAGAAGGUUCUCGGAGACAUGCCACGCAAAACAUUUACUUUUGAUAGGAAACCAGUAACUUGUGAACCUCUAGAUAUUACGCCAGGAGUCUCGGUGAGGGAUGCCUUGAGACGUGUGCUCAGUUUACCAUCAGUGUGCUCGAAGCGUUUUCUAACGACAAAGGUUGAUCGAUGUGUCACCGGACUGGUAGCUCAGCAGCAAACUGUUGGACCCCUGCAGCUCCCUUUGGCGGACGUUGCAGUCAUUGCUCAGAGCCAUCUUGGUCUCACCGGUGCUGCUUGCGCUAUUGGUGAACAACCGAUCAAGGGACUGCUGAAUCCUGCAGCCAUGGCUAGGGUGGCGCUUGGAGAAGCUUUGACGAAUCUUGUUUGGGCUAAGGUUACCGCUUUGAAGGAUGUCAAAGCAAGCGGGAACUGGAUGUACGCUGCAAAGCUUGAUUCCGAAGGAGCAGAUAUGUACGAUGCUGCCGUUGCUCUUCGCGACGCUAUGAUCGAGCUUGAGGUCGCAAUAGACGGUGGAAAGGACAGCUUGUCAAUGGCUGCUCAAGCAGGUGGUGAAACCGUCAAGGCACCCGGGAAUCUCGUCAUUAGUGCGUACGUGACUUGUCCAGACAUUACACUCACCGUCACCCCUGAUUUGAAGUUGGGAGAUGAAGGUGUUCUUUUGCACAUUAAUGUUGGGAGUGGCAAAGGUCGUCUAGGAGGUUCUGCACUGGCCCAAGCUUUUGAUCAGAUUGGUGAUACUUGCCCGGACGUUAAUGUCCAAUAUUUAAAACGUGCCUUCAAUGCGACGCAGGACCUUAUUGGCAAGAAACUUAUUUCUGCGGGACAUGAUAUCAGCGAUGGUGGAGUUAUAGUUUCAUUGCUAGAAAUGUCUUUUGCGGGCAAUUGUGGCAUUGAAGUAGACAUUCCCGCUUCAGAACCAGACACAGCGGCUUUCAGCGCGCUCUUUUCGGAGGAACUUGGACUUAUUUAUGAGAUUCAUCGCGGCAACUUGGGCAAAGUGAUUGAAGUUCUUCAUAGUCACGGAGUAGUCUGUGAAGUAUUGGGACGUGUGAGAUCAGAGCCGACAGUAAAACUCUCCGUCAAUGGUAAACUAUACCUUGACGAGCCGACAGCGUCUCUGCGGGACACCUGGGAGGAGACCAGUUUUGCUUUGGAAAAGCAGCAAUGCCUCGAGUCCUGCGUGAAAGCUGAGCAAGAAGGGCUGAGUUCGAGGACCACUCCACUCUGGAAUCUUCCUUCACUGCCCACAAAGAUCAACAAGCAAGCUCUGAUGUCGACGAAAAAGCACAAGGUCGCUGUUAUCCGCGAAGAAGGUAGCAACGGUGACCGGGAAAUGGCAGCUAUGGUUUACUGUGCGGGAUUUGAUCCCUGGGACGUUUCCAUGUCCGACUUACGGGACGGGAAGGUUUCUCUAAGCGACUUUAGAGGGCUGGUCUUCGUCGGCGGUUUCAGCUAUGGAGACGUCCUCGACUCCGCCAAAGGCUGGGCCGGAACUAUACGAUUCAACAAGUCUCUUCUUGACGAGUUCCAAAAGUUUUAUGAUCGUCCUGACACCUUCAGCCUUGGAGUUUGCAACGGCUGCCAACUUAUGGCUCUCCUGGGCUGGGUUCCCGGAGUGAAAGACGUCGGCGGCGACAAGUCACAGCCCCGGUUUGUCCACAACGAGUCAGGACGCUUCGAGUGCCGGUUUGCGUCGGUUACCAUCGAGCAGUCCCCGUCCAUCAUGCUCAAAGGCAUGGAAGGCACGACGGUGGGAAUCUGGGUGGCCAACGGCGAAGGCCGCGCAUUCUUCCCUCAGCCCGAGAUAUUGACGGAAGUUCUCGACUCCAACCUGGCCCCGCUGCGCUACUGCGACGACGCCGGAGAGGUGACCGAGCAGUAUCCUUUCAACCCGAAUGGAUCUCCGAGAGGUGUGGCGGCCCUGUGCUCGCCGGACGGGAGGCACUUGGCGAUGAUGCCUCACCCGGAGAGGUGCUUCAUGAUGUGGCAGUUCCCGUGGUACCCGAGGGAGUGGCAGAUCGAUCCGGCGGGGCCGAGUCCCUGGCUCAAGCUCUUCGAAAACGCUCACAACUGGUGCCAGAGCUAAAAAAUAUGGGGAGAAAAAUUUGGAGCUGAAUCUCCAGAGAUAAAGCAGUCCCUGGACAACAUCAAAUCUUCACUAGGAUUGGAUCGACCAGCUUGUGGCAAUGUUGAUUAAAAAAAAUGGUUUUGAUAGAGUGUUAGAAGAAACAUUCAUCCCAA